GUGGCUGAAAUCCCGGCUGUUCUCGCGAGGCUCGUGUUGCUCGUGCUGCUUGUGCUGCUCUUGUUUCUACAAUGUCAAAAUCCAAGUUUCAAACGGAAUGGGACGAACUGGACGAAGAAUAUCAACAACUACAGGAAACACACAAAAUCUACAGACAGAAGCUUGAAGAGCUGACCAGUCUGCAGACGUCCUGCAGCGGCGCCAUAACCAAACAGAGGAAGUGUCUGAAGGACAUAAAGCUCAGUUUAAAGAGGUCGACUCAAGCGUCUGAUGAGAAAGAACGAGAGCUCCUCGCCGAGAUUCAAACACAAAUCAAAGAUCGAGAAAAUGUGUUUUUUGACAUGGAGGCGUAUUUACCCAAGAAGAACGGGUUGUAUCUAAACUUGGUUCUGGGGAAUGUAAAUGUGACGCUGCUCAGUAAUCAGGCAAAAUUUGCUUAUAAAGACGAAUAUGAGAAGUUUAAGCUUUAUCUGACAAUAAUUCUACUGUUUGGAGCCAUAACAUGCCUAUUUUUCUUAAAUUAUCGUGUCACUGAUGAAAUCUUCAACUUUUUGCUCGUGUGGUACUACUGCACUUUGACCAUACGGGAGAGCAUCCUCAUGAGCAACGGCUCCAGGAUAAAAGGCUGGUGGGUGUCUCAUCAUUACGUCUCCACGUUUCUCUCAGGUGUCAUGCUUACCUGGCCGGAGGGGCCCAUGUAUCAGAGGUUCAGGAGCCAGUUUCUCGCCUUCUCCAUUUAUCAAAGUUUCUUACAGUUCUUGCAGUAUUAUUAUCAGAGCGGCUGCUUGUACAGACUCCGGACUCUGGGGGAGAGGAAUCAGCUGGACCUCACAGUGGAGGGAUUCCAGUCGUGGAUGUGGAGGGGCCUUACUUUUCUGUUACCGUUCCUCUUCUUUGGUCAUUUUUGGCAGCUCUAUAACGCUGUGACCUUGUUUCGUUUGGCUCAACGCGACGACUGUAAAGAGUGGCAGGUUUUUAUGCUGGCUUUGACAUUUCUAGUCCUGUUCUUGGGAAACUUCCUCAUCACUCUGAAAGUCGUUCACCAAAAAAUACAGGAAUCCCCCGAGAAAGUGAAGAAAAAUGACUGAGAUUAAAUAACUUCACCUUUCUCACGAGAUCAGACUCAAGAACGACCAAACACUGGAAAGAACGACUUCACCUGGACAGUACGAUUCCAUCUGGACAGUACGAUUCCACCUGGACACUGAAGGACAUGUCUGAAGACGACCACAGCGUCAGGCCAAAGUGACUCCAGCAGCUUCUGUUUCUGAGUACGUGCUGUAUCGGUCCUGCAAAAGGCCCAGCUGAACGUGGCAUUAUCUUGUGUUUUAUAAAGAGGAAAGGAUGUGUUAUUUGCUUUAUAAAUGGUAAUAAUUAUAUAUAAAUGUUAUGCACCUGAAGAAGCUCCAGGAGGUGACCUGCUCUGAAGCUGAAGCAUCAACAACGUCUGGGAAACUGACUUUGAGAGACACUUUUCUUUUAAUGUGAUUGUUUUCUGCUGAGUUCUUAGGGAAAUGGUUGUAGGCGCCGAUAUGACGCCUGCGUGUGGGACGUGCGUGUGGGUCAUACGUGUGGGACGUGCGUGUGGGACGUGCGUGUGGGACGUGCGUGUCGCUGUAAUCUGCACUAUUGUGUAAAGUUGAUUCCUGAUGACACUUGAAUCCACACUUUAGAUCAGUUACUUUUGUUUUCAUUGUGCGACAUUUGAAAGGACAAAGAGAACGUGACAGGAGCCGUGUUCACUGCACGUUUAAAGUAACGUCUGUGUGCGCAGGAGGUUUAUUAGAAAACAUUUAAUUUACACAUUUAUGGAUCAUUUUCUACUUGUCCAAGGGCCUCGUCCCAGUAGCUUAUUCAACACUAGUGGGCGCUGUUGUACUGCUGCUAAAUGUAGUAACCCUCAGACAUUUUAAAACAUUUGGAUAAAUGGAAAAAAUACAAAUCCAAAACUGUGCUGUUUUGUAAUCAAGUUUCACUCCAGUCUUUAAAAUAUCUGAGUUUAAAGAUUCAGAGUCAGAACCAAAGUGGUUCAAACACUACGGGACAUUCAUGUUUUCAUCACCUCAGUGUCACAAAAUGAGGCAUUUCCUCUUCUUCUUAAAGUUCUUUUGUUUCCGUCUAAAUGCCAGUGCUCUUUUCGUGGCUUCUUUGAAAAUGUCUUCCACAUUUUCUUGAAAUUUUGCAGAACACUCGAGAUAAACUUCAGCGUUGAUUUGUUUGCAGGCUUCUUCUCCCUGUGAGGAACACAACACGCCUUUAGAAUGAUCCACUUCAAACAUGAGGCACAUAAACACGUCUGUUCUCACCUGUGUGUAGGAGAUGGGCUCUAGACUCAAAGCUCGCAGUUUCCUCGCUCGCUCCUUGUCUUUUCUGAGGUCCGUCUUGCAGCCGAUGAGGAUGAGAGGAGUGUCUCUGCAGAAAUGUUUCACUUCUGGAAACCACUGUUUGGGCAGAGUUUGAUCAGACGGACGUGACUUACACUGACCUCGUGUUUUCAGUGUCGUGUUUUCAGUGUGGAUCCUGUGUGUGUCACUGGGGUCAAUGUCCACAGUGGAGUUAAUCAUUGGAAUGCAGCGCCAUAGCAACCAACGUCCAGCAAAGCAACGUCCAGCAAAGCAACGUCCAGCGCUCAUUCACACAGAGCAGUUAAAGUGACCUUGAGUUCACCUUAACACACUCGUCUCUGUUCAGUGAGUUUAAACGUACCUUUAUUAGAACGUUCUCCAGACUCGUGGGGUUGGUCACAUCGAAACACACCAGCACCACACUGGCCUCUUGGUAGGCGAGCGGCCGCAGUCUGUCAUAGUCGUCCUGUCCUACAAA